AUGAUCUACAGUAUACAGGUGAGUAAUGAUGAGCUUCUUGUAAACCGAAAAAUUUUCGAAACGCUUUUCUCGUUUUGCUCUUUGAUCAUUCAACUUUUGCUUUUGGCAAUUGAAUUUCAGGCGCUAUUCAUCGAAACGAUUUUCAUGUCAGCUAGGAUACAUGGUAACUGAACUUUUACGGAAAUCUAAAAUCAAAACCAAAACAAUAUUCAUUCAGAUGUGACAUUUCAACAUAUCGAUGAUUUCACAUGUGACGACAUGAGUGGGUCAUCGUCUUCUGGCGCCAAAGCAACCGACCUGGCACGGAUUCUGAUGACCAACUAUUCGAGGAACGCACUUCCGGAGCCGGCUCCAGUACGCGUGGAGGUCGAGAUCACAAUUCAGGACAUUUCUGACAUUUCUGCUAUAACUGGCACUUUUGUGAUCGACUACUGGAUCAGUGCAAUCUGGAAUGAUAAACGGUAGGUCUGGACUUUAUGACGUUAUGCAGCCAGUCCGAUUUCCAGGCUGGCCUUCUCUCAUUUGGACCCGUGUCGCAAGAACCUCUCUCUCGACCACGACAUGGAGCCGAAACUGUGGUCGCCAAACGUGUGCAUCGUCAACUCGAAAGCGACCAAAGUGCACGACUCGCCAAAGCCCAACAUUCUGCUCAUGAUCUUCCCGAACGGAACCAUCUGGCUCAACUACCGUAUCCGCUCGGAGGCGCCGUGCCAGAUGAACUUGCGCAACUUCCCGCUCGACAGCAUCCGUUGCACACUGGUCUUUGAGAGUUACUCGUACAAUGCGGCCGACGUGGCACUGCAAUGGCUCGAAUGGUCGCCGGUUUCGACGGUUCGCAAUGACUACAACCUUCCGGAUUUCAAGAUGACCAAUAUUACCUAUGGAAAUAUUACAGAGGUGGGCUAGGAAACGGGGCAUUGCCUCAAAGUAGAUAUUAUAGGUCUACACUGCUGGCAUCUGGCAUCGUCUGUCCGUUUCGAUUCAUUUCGAGCGGCUCUACGGCUUCUACAUCCUUCAAAUGUACCUGCCCACCUACAUAUCCGUCUUCAUAUCCUGGAUCGCCUUCUGGAUGGACACCAAGGCGUUGCCGGCCCGCAUCACCCUUUCCGUAUCCUCUUUGAUGGCGCUAACGUUUCAAUUCGGAAAUAUUGUCAAGUCACUGCCUAAGGUGUGUUCUAGGCUUACAAAAAUUUGACCAAUGAAGAGUUUCAGGCGUCGUACGUGAAGGCGAUCGACAUUUGGAUGUUCAGCUGUGUCGGAUUCAUCUUUUUCUCGUUGAUUGAGCUGGCGAUCGUGGCGUACAAUGACAAAAUGCACGACCAGAGACUUCGGGAGGCGCGGUGUUCGACUGGGAACGAUGUGCAGUCGAAUGGGUACAAUCCGAGUGCAAGGAGGCUAGGAACCUACUUACUCACCCGGUCCCUUAAAGUUGAUCCAUUUCAGAAGCUUCGUAGAGCUGAGUGCUCGGCGAGCCAAAGGAAGCGAGCUCGGAGCAUCAAUCGACCGAGUUGCCAGCAUGCUUUUUCCAACUGUAAGCUCCGCCAAUGUUUUCCUAAUAUUAUCAUCUCGUUGCAGAUGUUCGCGUUGUUCAACCUCGUCUACUGGUCCUACUACCUGACGACAAGCAUGAAUCCGGUCUACACUUGA